AUGUGGUUGUUUGGCAGAUCAUCGUCAGGCCCAAGCGUGAUAGAAAGAGAAGCACGGGAGGUGCUUGCCACCGAAGAUGUGGUGGACUCCGCAAUAGUGACAUCUGCAGUUGCAAGUGCCAAUUCAAGAGGAUAUCUCGAGAAGUGUAGGUGUCGUAACGCCCGCCGCAUACUCUGUACUGGUUCGAGUCAGGACCAGGGGGUCCCCUGCACCGCAGCCGAGUUAGCGGCCGAAGAGGACACCGGAAGUUCCCGCGAGGAGAAGGACCGCGAAGGACGCCUCCGGGCCUCGCAGCAAGGCGGUUCCGCGGGAGGCCAAGGCACAAGACCGAGCUCGGAUUCGGUCACGCGAAUGACCUUCACCUCGCCCAGUCCCGGCUCGUUAACCGGUUCCCGCUACCAAGCCGACACGCCCCGAUCUCGCGCACAUGCUAGACUCCUUGCUUGUACUCCGGCUGUUCCAAUGAGCGACGACGAGCUUGUGGCGGCUAGUGCGGCUUUUAGUGUAAUUUAUUGUUUAUUAAAUAAACAAAAAACAAAAAUGAGAAAGAAGAGACGGUGGUGGGUUACGUCGUUAUUUAAAAGUUAAAGCAAAUGCAGUGGAAGCAAUUUACUUAGCGACCUUAAUAUUGAAAACCUCCACUUUCAUACAUUCUGUAGAAUGUCGCCUACUAAUUUUGAGGAAAUCAUAAUUUUAAUCGGCCCAAAAAUUAUGAAGAAAAACACAACAUUUCGAAAAGCAAUUCCUGUAAAAGAACGAUUAGCUGUAACACUAAGAUAUUUAGCAUCGGGUGAUUCGUACACUAGCUUAAGCUUUUUGUUUAAGUUUUCCAAGCAGUCAAUUUCGCUGAUUGUGCCAGAGGUAUGCAGUGCUUUAUGUGAAGUUUUUCAAGAUUUUAUAAAGAUGCCUCAAACAGAGAAUGAGUGGCUUCAAGUAGCAGCUCAAUAUGAAAGACUAUGGAACUUCCCACAUUGCAUGGGGGCAAUGGAUGGCAAACACGUUGUUCUUCAGUGUCCAGUAAAUACAGGCAGUGACUAUUUUAAUUACAAAGGAACUUUUAGUAUUGUUCUUUUUGCUGUUGUUGAUGCCGAUUAUUGUUUUCUCUACGCUGACGUGGGCUGUCAAGGUCGAAUAUCAGACGGCGGUGUUUUUCGGAAUACAACCUUUUACAAAAAACUGGAGGAUGGCUCUUUAAAUCUUCCAAGUAGUAGAAAACUUCCUGGUAGGGAAAUGUUGGUCCUGUGGCAUUCCGAUCCUGGCAGUCGCGACUCGGCUGCCGCAGCCGACUGCCGCGACCCAUUGAAACUGCUCGGUCGCGCGACAAUUACCAUUCGGAUAGAAGCGACCCUGUUUCCCAAUUUAUAG